AUGCAUGGGUCGCCAGCUGAGAAGUCGAAACGGCGUCGGCACAUGUGGCCUGUCCCUCAUUCCAACGCCACGAUUGUAGCUUCCAACCUUUCUAGCGCAUCCGAUUCCUUCUGCAAAGAUGGACGCAAAAUUUGUGUUGGUGACUGUGCACUUUUCAAGCCACCUCAGGAUUCCCCGCCUUUCAUUGGAAUAAUUCGUAGGCUAAAAUUAGACAAGGAGGAUCGCCUAAGUUUAGGAGUGAGUUGGCUUUAUCGACCUGCUGAUGUAAAGCUUUCCAAAGGGGUCUCGCUAGAAGCUGCCCCAAACGAGGUCUUUUAUUCCUUUCACAAGGAUGAGAUACCUGCUGCAUCAUUACUCCAUCCGUGUAAAGUCGCAUUCCUUCGUAAAGGUGUUGAACUUCCUUCAGGGAUAUCCUCAUUUGUGUGCAGACGAGUGUAUGAUACUGAGAACAAGUGUUUAUGGUGGUUAACUGACAAAGACUAUAUUAAUGAACGACAGGAAGAAGUCGAUCAGCUUUUAGACAAGACAAGACUAGAAAUGCAUGGGGCAGUGCAGUCGGGAGGUCGUUCUCCAAAACCCUUGAAUGGUCCAUCAUCAACACCACAGCUAAAAUCUGGUUCAGAUAGUUUACAGAAUAGCACAUCCUCCUUUUCUUCGCUGAUUAAAGGAAAAAAGAGGGAACGAGGAGAUCAGGGCUCUGAACCAGCAAAACGAGAACGGUUAAUCAAAACAGAGGAUGGUGAGUCUGGUCAGUCCAGACCUGAAAAUAUGUUAAAGUCUGAGCUUGCUAAAAUAACGGACAAAGGAGGACUUGUAGACUUUGAGGGAGUCGAGAAGUUAGUCCAACUUAUGCAACCCGAAAGUGCUGAUAAGAAAAUAGAUUUGGCUGGCCGAAGAAUGCUUGUUGAUGUGAUAGCCGUCACUGAUAGGUUGGAUUGCCUUGAACGAUUUGUACAACUGAAGGGUGUGCCUGUAUUGGAUGACUGGCUCCAAGAGGUUCACAAGGGAAAAAUUGGUGAUGGUAGUAACCCCAAAGAAAGUGAUAAAUCUGUUGAUGAAUUUCUUUUUGCUUUACUUCGCGCACUGGAUAAGCUGCCAGUGAAUCUUCAUGCACUACAAACUUGUCAUGUUGGCAAGUCUGUGAAUCAUUUACGUAGUCACAAAAACUCUGAAAUCCAGAAGAAAGCUAGGAGUUUAGUUGAUAUGUGGAAGAAACGUGUUGAAGCUGAGAUGAAUUUGAAUGAAUCAAAGUCUGGAUCUGGUCGUAGUGUUUCCUGGCCUACGAAGCAUUCACCUUCUGAAGUUUCUCAUGUUGGGAGUAGGAAAACUGGAAGUUCCUCUGAGGUUGGCUCAAAAGGCUCUACUAUGCAACCUUCUGUGUCUAAAACACCUCAAGUUAAACUUGGCUCUGGUGAAACUGUUUCCAAGUCUUCUGCUUCUCCUGGGUCAACGAAAUUGUCGAGUAUAUCAUCAGGCAAUGUCUCGAAGGAUCAAAACUUCAGAAUGUUGGCAGGUGCUGGAACCUCAGAUCUUCCAUUGACACCAAUUAAGGAGGAAAGGAGCAGCAGUUCUAGCCAGUCUCAAAACAACAGCCAAUCGAGUGAUCAUGCAAAGACUGUGGGUUCUUUAUAUAGAGAAGAUGCAAGGAGCUCAUCUGCUGGUUCAGUUAGUGGGACCAAAAUUUCUGGCAGUGCUUCUCGCCACCGAAAAUCAAGCAAUGGCCUUCAUGGGUCUUCUGUAUCAGGAGUUAAUAAGGAAACAGGGCAAGGAAAAGUUUGUACCCCCAGUAGAAAUUCGACUCCUGAAAAGGCUUCAACAGCUGGAGUGUCCUAUGAGAAACUUCCUGAAUUGCCCUUGGUUGACCAUGGAAAUAACCGGAUUAUUGUCAGAUUGUCAAACACGGGUCGCAGUCCUGGUAGAGGGGCCUCAGGAGGUUGUUUUGAAGAUCCUGUUAGCAGAGCUUCUUCUCCUGCAGAAAGGAAUGACAACCAUGAUAAAAAGGCUAAGGGCAGAAGUGAUGCCUUGCAGGGGAAUAGUACAUCAGAUGUGAACUCAGAUAUGUAUCACAGCAAAGAGGGAUUGUCUGGUUCUGAAGAUGGUAACAUGCUACCUUUUUCUAGUGAACAUGAUAGGACUGGUGAAGAUGAUGAUAAACCAACAGAGGCAUCAAAGGCUGCUGGUUCCUCAUCAAAAGUUAUUUCAAGGACAGGAAAAUCAUACGAGGCAUCAUUAAGCUCCAUGAAUGCUUUAAUUGAAAGCUGUGUGAAAUUUUCUGAAGGUAGUGGUAAUGCUUCACCUGGUGAUGAUGUUGGGAUGAAUUUGCUAGCUAGUGUUGCAGCUGGAGAAAUGUCCAAAUCUGAGAAUGUGUCACCAUCAGGUUCGCCUGGGAGGAAUUCUCCUGUGCCUGAGCCAUCAUUCUCAGAAAACGAUGGCAAGUUGAAACAAGUGGGUGAAGAAAUUGCUGAAAUCCAAUGUCAACCUAAUGGAGGGGCCAACAGUGGUGCUACUUCAGAGAUGGGAAAUGUUUGUGAUUCAAUGCGAGGCAAGAAUGAAGCAAGACAUUCUGUUACCCACAUGCCAACUAAUGUUUUUGGUGACAUUAAAGGCACAUCAUCUGGCUGCCGGGAUAGAACAUUGGAGUGCAAUGCAAAUUUGAAUUGUUCUUCAAAUAUGCAACAAAAUAUGGAUGGGCAAUCCCUGGGGGCUGACGUGAAGCCUGGCGAGCCAUGUGAUGCUUCUGCAUCAGAGCCAUCUUCAUGUGCUAGAAAAGAGGGUCAGUUGGAGGCUCAAGGAUCUAACCAGUUUCAUGAGCAAGCAAAAUUGGGGCCUCCUACUUUAGCAUGCAGCAUUUCAGAUUCUAAAUUACAAGUUAUGUCUUCCUUUUCUGGUGAAGAUAAGGGUGUUCAUUAUGCAGAUGAAAGAACCGUAGGGAGCCGUACACCAGCUGUAUCUGAAGCAGCCUCCGGGAGUGCAAAAGCUGAACAGGACAAUGAACUGUCUACCUGCUCAUCCUCUGAAGUGGCUGAGGAGAACCGUGAUGUGAAAAAGGAUUCAAAUAGUGCCCUACUGACAGAGCAAAAACCAUCUGUUGUGGCAGGAAUUCAUUCAGAGUCCAAGGAGGGGAAGAGUGAGGAUGCUGCUCUUUGUUCUGGUUCUGGAAAUACUUUACAUGUGGAGUCUAAGGGUGAAAACACAGAUGACAUUAAGGCUGCAGAUCUCUCUGAGCAGACUGAGAAAGAGAUGAGGGAUAUUUCUGUGCCAGUCUUGGAAAACAGCUGUGUUGCGCGGGAAACUACGGAUAGAAAAGAUUCUUUUGGUCACUGUUCUGACAGACCAGUUCCCCGUGUAGAGUCACCAUCAAUACCUGAGAAAGAAAAUCAGCAGCAUGACAAGUAUAGUUGGUCUAAGUCAGAAGCCAUUGAAUCAGGGGGGAUGGAGGAAGGGCAAGUAUCCUGUGUGAAUGCAUCGGGGUCAGAUGCUGCUGUAAAACUGGACUUUGAUUUGAAUGAGGGCUUUCCUGUUGAUGAAGGGAGUCAACCAGAGUUUGUUAAAGCAGGAGAUCCUGGAACAUCAUCUUCUUUUCAUUUUCCUUGCCCUUUACCUUUUCAAAUAUCUUCCAUGUCAGGGAGCUUCCCUGCAUCAGUUACUGUAGUCGCGCCUGCCAAAGGUUCAUUUUUCCCUCCUGAAAACCCGAUGCGGAGUAAGGGUGAACUUGGAUGGAAAGGCUCUGCAGCUACCAGUGCAUUCCGACCUGCAGAACCCCGAAAGAAUUUGGAAACAUCACUCAGUGCGACCGAUACACCUAUUGGUGAUACUGCUUCCAGCAAACAAGUCCGCACUCCAUUGGACUUUGACCUGAAUGUUCCUGAUCAGAGAGUUUAUGAGGAAGUUGUUUCCCAAAACUCUGCACAUGUGAUGGGUUCCAAGUCUGGGUCUCGUGAUCGAGGCGCUGGAGGGCUUGAUCUUGAUUUGAAUAGAGUUGAUGAGAGUCCUGAUAUUGGGUCACUUUCUGCAAGCAGUAGUUGUAGGUUGGAGAUGCAUCCUUUGGCAAGUAAGUCUUCAUUAUCUGUUGGACUAUCUAAUGGUGGGGUUAAUGACUCCAGGGACUUUGAUUUAAACAAUGGCCCAGGCCUUGAUGAAGUGGCAACCGAUACAGCACCAUGCACCCAGCAUUUAAAAAGCAAUGUGUCUCUAAGGACGCCUGUUUCUGGGUUAAGAAUAAACAGCCCCGAUUUUGGGAAUUUCUCAGCAUGGAUCCCUCCAGGAAACUCAUAUCCUGCCAUCACAGUUCCUUCGGUUUUUCCUGGCCGGGGUGAGCAGAGUUAUGGUCCUGCAGCUGGGUCACAGAGAGUUUUGUGUCCUCCCACAGCUAACGCAUCAUUUGGUCCUGAAAUAUACCGGGGGCCAGUGCUUUCGUCCGCAACUGCAGUGCCAUUUCCACCUGCUACUACAUUUCAAUAUCCAGGGUUUCCUUUUGAAACAAAUUUCCCUCUGUCAUCGAGCUCCUUUUCUGGUUCAACUGCAUAUAUGGAUUCAUCAUCUGGUGGGCCACUUUGUUUGCCCACCAUUCCCUCACAGCUGGUGGGACCAGGUGGUGUAGUCCCAUCUCCUUACACUCGGCCCUAUAUGAUGAGCUUUCCCGGUGGUAGUAGUAAUGUUAGCCUUGAUGGUAGGAAAUGGGGUAGUCAGGGUCUUGACCUUAAUGCCGGGCCAGGAGCUGCAGAAACAGAGCGGAGAGAUGAGAGGUUGACUUCCGGAUUGAGGCAGCUUUCUGUUCCCAGUUCGCAAGCUCAGAUAGAAGAACCUUUCAAGUUGUUUCAGGUUGGAGGCACAUUGAAGAGAAAGGAACCUGAUAGUGGGUUGGAUGCUGUUGAUCGAAUAAGCUAUAAGCAACCUUCAUGGCAGUAA